AUGAUCGCACAAAAAUUGCCAGAUUCUGCUGAAGAAGAUCUCUCUAAAAAAGAACUGUUAGAUAGUCAGGAUGAAUCAGAACUUAACAAAGAUCAAGGUCCAGUUGGUCCUCAGAGCACUUCACAAACUCCACUACCAGGAAAUAGUACUCAGUCUUAUCUUCAACCUGCCACUUCAUCACAACCAGUAACAGGAGAGAGAAAGGAUGGAGCCCCUUCUCCAUCAGCAAAUCAGAACGAUCAAAUUCACGGUGGCGGUAAAGCGGAUUCGCAGACUAACGUACAAGUAGCCGAGAGGCAGGAAUCGGGACAUAAUUGUGGAUCCAAUUCUGGCACUGAAGAGAAUACUAUUGGCUCUCUCACUGCAAAGGAACCUACUCCCAUUAGUGAGGAGCAGAAGUCUGAAAAUCCACCAAGUUCCCCCAACGAGAAUAGUACGCAAGGUACUAACGAUGCAGGUAACAGUAAUGCUGUACAGUCUCAAGGAAGUACAGACACACAAUCUGAACCUGAGAAUGGCACUACACCCAAUACUAAUGAAGAAUCAACCUCAACAACAACAACACUUCCUCCUGAACUCACAAACAACAAGAAGGGUGAUGCAGACAGCAGCAGCAGUAUCAGCAGUUCUGUGUGGGUGCGUGUACCACUACUGAUUGUGGUUACACUGGCCUGUAUUCUUGUGUGCUGA